GGCUUGCCCUGAAUGAUGCCUUCACUGGAUCCUUACGGGUUUCGAUGCCUUUACCCUCUGCUGAAGCCUUCCCCACCGCAGAACCACUUUCACUUGGUUCCAUCUUCCCUUCUCUACCCUUUGCUCUUUGUUUUCCUUUGCAGAACACCAUGGACAUUAUUGGAGACGCUCUUCUUUCCAGUGUCAUUGAAUUCCUGUUUGAUAAGUUGUCUUCCUCUGGUCUGAUGAAGUUCGCACGGCAUGAGGAUGUCCACACCGAGCUCAAGAAAUGGGAGAAGGAGUUGCAGAACAUCCGGGAAGAGCUCAACGACGCGGAGGAAAAGCAGAUCACACAGGAGGCUGUCAAAUCAUGGCUGUUCGAUCUGAGGGAUUUGGCGUAUGACAUGGACGACAUCUUGGACGAGUUUGCCUACGAAGUGAUGAGAAGAAAUCUGAUGGGGGCGGAAGCUGACGAAGCCAGCACAAGCAAAAUACGCAGGUUCGUUCGUAGUUGCUGUACUAGUUUCAACCCAACUCAUGUGAGGCAUAAUGUCAAGACUGGGUCCAAGAUUAGAGAGAUCACCGGCAGAUUACAAGAUAUUUCAACUAGAAAAGCUGGACUUGGCCUGGAAAAAUUGAGAGGAGCAGCAGCUACUUCCGCUUGGCAAAGGCCACCACCCACUACACCUAUAGCAUACGAACCUGACGUUUAUGGCAGGGAUGAAGAUAAAACACUGGUUCUUGAUUUGCUGCGCAAGGUUGAGCCCAAUGAAAACAAUGUUAGCGUUAUUUCCAUUGUUGGCUUGGGCGGGGUGGGCAAGACAACGCUCGCACGGCUUGUUUACAAUGAUGAUUUGGCCAAAAAUUUUGAACUAAAAGCGUGGGUUUGUGUGACUGAUGUGUUUGAUGUGGAGAAUAUAACAAAAGCAAUUCUCAAUUCGGUGUUAAAUUCUGAUGCAAGUGGCUCUUUGGACUUCCAACAAAUUCAAAGGAAAUUGACAGACACGUUAGCAGGGAAAACUCUUUUUCUCAUUCUAGACGACGUGUGGAACGAAAAUUAUUGUAAUUGGGAUCGUUUGCGGGCUCCUUUGAGUGUAGUGGCAAAAGGAAGCAAAGUCAUAGUUACAACACGCAAUAAAAAUGUUGCAUUGAUGAUGGGAGCUCCCCAGAAUGUUCAUGAACUAAACCCUUUAUCGGAAGAUGCUUGUUGGUCUGUGUUUGAGAAGCAUGCAUUUGAACAUAGAAAUAUCAAUGCUCAUCCGAACCUGGAGUCCAUUGGUAGGAAAAUUGUUGGCAAGUGUGGGGGAUUGCCCCUAGCAGCAAAAGCCCUUGGUGGUCUCUUACGCUCUAAACAUAGGGAAGAAGAAUGGGAAAGAGUAUUGAAUAGCAAAAUUUGGGAUUUGUCAAGCACGGAAUGUGAGAUUCUUCCUGCGUUGUGGUUGAGCUAUCACUAUCUCCCUUCAUAUUUGAAGGGGUGUUUUGCAUACUGUGCAAUCUUCCCCAAGGACUAUGAGUACGACUCAAAAACUUUGGUCCUCCUGUGGAUGGCUGAAGGUUUAAUUCAGCAACCAAACGCUGACAGCCAGACAAUGGAAGAUCUAGGAGACAACUAUUUUUGUGAAUUAUUGUCAAGGUCAUUUUUUCAGUCAUCAGGUAACGAUGAAUCCCAUUUUGUGAUGCAUGAUCUUAUCUGUGAUCUCGCUCGAGUUGCUUCUGGUGAAAUAAGCUUUUGUUUGGAAGAUAACUUGGAAAGUAAUCAUCAAUCCACAAUUUCUAAGGAGACUCGUCAUUCAUCAUUCAUUCGUGGAAAAUUCGAUGUGUUCAAGAAAUUUGAAGCCUUUCAAGAGUUUGAACAUUUACGAACAUUUGUGGCUUUACCAAUUCAUGGUACGUUUACAAAAUCUUUUGUAACUAGUUUGGUGUGUGAUCGUUUGGUGCCAAAAUUUCGACAGUUAAGAGUCCUCUCUUUGAGUGAAUAUAUGAUAUUUGAGCUACCAGAUUCUAUUGGUGGAUUAAAACAUCUGCGUUAUUUGAAUUUGUCUUUCACCCAAAUCAAAUUAUUGCCAGAUUCAGUGACCAACCUCUAUAAUUUACAAACAUUGAUACUAUCCAAUUGUGAGCAUCUUACAAGGUUGCCUUCCAACAUUGGAAAUUUAAUUAGCCUUAGACAUCUCAAUGUUGUUGGAUGUUCAUUGCAAGAGAUGCCACAGCACAUAGGCAAAUUAAAGAAAUUGCAAACAUUGUCUGAUUUUAUUGUGUCCAAAAGAAGAUUUUUGGGAAUAAAGGAGUUGAAGGAUUUGUCACAUCUGCGGGGGGAGAUAUGUAUUUCAAAAUUGGAAAAUGUUGUGGAUGUUCAAGAUGCUAGAGAUGCCAAUCUAAAAACUAAGCUCAAUGUUGAAAGGUUGAGUAUGAUUUGGAGUAAAGAAUUGGAUGUUUCACAUGAUGAAGACACUGAAAUGGAAGUCCUCCUCUCUCUACAACCUCAUACCAAUCUGAAGGAACUCAGGAUUGAAUAUUAUCGUGGUCGAAAAUUCCCAAACUGGAUGUGUGAUUCCUCUUACUCUAAAUUGGUUGCGUUAAGUCUUAUUGGUUGUAUAAGAUGCAUAUCGCUACCUUCUGUUGGGCAACUACCCUUCCUCAAGAAGUUAGUCAUCAAAAAAAUGGAUGGAGUGAAAAGUGUGGGGCUGGAGUUUGAGGGCCAAGUUUCUCUUCAUGCUACGCCUUUCCAAUGCUUAGAGUCUUUGUGGUUUGAGGAUAUGAAGGAGUGGAAAGAGUGGUGUUGGUCAACAAAGUCAUUUUCUCGCCUCCGUCAGUUGGAGAUAAAAAAUUGUCCAAGAUUGAUUAAGAAAUUACCCAUACACCUAACUUCUCUAGUAAAGCUCAGCAUUGAGAAUUGCCCAGAAAUGAUGGUUCCACUUCCAACAGACUUGCCUUCUGUUGAAGAGCUCAAUAUUUAUUAUUGCCCAGAAAUGACGCCACAAUUUGACAACCAUGAAUUUCUCCUUAUGCCACUGAGGGGAGCGAGUAGAAGCGCAAUUGGCAUCGCCUCACAUAUUUAUUUGGAAGUUAGUGGAAUAUCACAGCUUUCCAGACUUCAGCCGGAGUUUAUGCAGUCCCUGCCGAGGCUUGAACUUCUAGAAAUUGACAAUUCUGGUCAGUUGCAAUGUUUGUGGCUGGAUGGGUUGGGAUUAGGAAACCUCUCUCGUCUUCAAAUAUUGAGUUGUGACCAACUUGUGUCCUUGGGAGAGGAGGAGGAGGAAGAGCAAGGGCUGCCUUACAAUCUUCAGCAUUUGGAAAUACGUAAGUGUGAUAAGUUGGAGAAGCUUCCACAUGGAUUACAAAGCUAUACAUCUCUUGCAGAGUUGAUCAUCGAGGAUUGCCCAAAACUGGUGUCAUUUCCAGAGAAGGGUUUCCCACUCAUGCUUAGAGGUCUUGCUAUUUCUAAUUGUGAAAGUCUAAGUAGUCUACCUGAUAGGAUGAUGAUGAGAAACAGCAGCAACAACGUGUGUCACCUUGAAUACUUGGAGAUAGAGGAGUGUCCAUCUCUUAUUUGCUUUCCACAAGGGCGGUUACCCACCACCCUUAGGCGACUACUCAUAUCCAAUUGUGAAAAACUAGAGUCUCUUCCAGAAGAAAUCAAUGCGUGUGCCCUUGAACAGUUAAUUAUAGAGAGGUGUCCAUCUCUCAUUGGUUUUCCAAAAGGUAAGCUACCCCCCACUCUCAAGAAGCUUUGGAUAGGUGAGUGUGAAAAGCUAGAGUCCCUACCAGAAGGAAUAAUGCAUCACCAUUCCAACAAUACAACCAAUCGCGGUCUUCAAAUCUUGGAUAUCUUGGAAGGUUCAUCUCUUGCAUCCUUUCCUACUGGCAAGUUUCCCUCUACCUGUAAAUCUAUUAUGAUGGAUAAUUGUGCACAGUUGCAGCCAAUUUCAGAGAUGUUUCACUGUAAUAAUAAUGCACUUGAAGAGUUGUCCAUCUCGAGACUCCCUAAUCUGAAAACCAUACCAGAUUGCCUCUACAACCUCAAAGAUCUUCGGAUUGAAAAAUGUGAGAAUCUGGAUUUGCAGCCUCAUCUAUUGCAAAACCUCACUUCUCUUGCAUCACUUCAGAUCACAAAUUGUGAGAAUAUGAAAGUGCCCUUAUCAGAGUGGGGCCUUGCCAGAUUGACCUCUCUUCAAACUCUUACCAUUGGUGGCAUAUUUCUCGAAGCCACCUCCUUUUCUAAUCACCACCACCGCUUUUUUCUUCUUCCUACUACUCUAGUUGAGCUUUGCAUUUCAAGUUUCCGGAAUCUGGAAUCCUUGGCCUUCCUGUCUCUCCAAACGCUCACCUCUCUUAGAAAGCUAGGUGUCUUCCAAUGUCCUAAGCUCCAGUCGUUUAUAUCAAGGGAAGGGCUGCCUGACAUGCUUUCAGAACUGGAUAUAAGAGACUGCCCACUCCUAAUUCAAAGGUGCUCAAAAGAGAAAGGGGAAGAUUGGCCCAAGAUUGCCCACAUCCCCUGUGUGAAAAUAGAUGGCAAAUUGAUCUGUGAGCAAUAAGAAGUUGAGAUUGCAGCAAAAUGAACGCAGAGACCACCACUAUAAUUGAAACUCAUCCAAUGGAAAAAACUCUCCUUCACCAAUGACUGGUUGCUAUCCAUGCUAUAAAGUCUCAUGCUUGAUGGUUAUGAAGGUUAAAAAAUCAGUAUCUGAUUGACAGAACAAGAAGAAGAAGAAGAACAGAUUUAAUCAAAAAGAAACUGGAGUCAAUUUUAGCAAAAAAAAUUGCAGAUAAAACUUACUUGGAAGCUUUUAUGGUUGUAUGAGUCAGAACUUUAUCUGGGGCCUCAUGACAUGCCUGUCGUUAGAUUGCAUAUCUACGCAACACGCAUAGGCUAUCAAUUCCCUUUCUAUUAGAAUCAAGGUGUGAAGGAGAAGAUAAUGCAAAUGGAAUCCAAUUCUCUAACCACAGGGUGAGCCAGUUAAAUUAAUGCAGGCAUCAAAUUUCUACAGCACACUUAAAUAAUUCAAAGUUGCAGAAGUCUUGCUGGCUCACGAAUUACCAUCUCAUGUGGAUUUGGAAGAAAGGAAAUCUGCAACUUGAGACUUGGAAGGGGGAGCUUGAAUUAAAUUAAGCCAACACCUUGCAAAAGAUGAAUUCUGGCUAAGAAACCUCACUACUCACAAGUUCUUUCUUAUCCAAAACUUCUUCAGCAGCCAUUAUGUAAUAAUAAUCAGAGCUUUGUUUCACGGACUGUUUGUUUGGUGUUCGUUACCGUAGCGAAGGUGCUGAUCAAGAAUAGUAUGUUGACUUGUUUGAGCUGAAUGUAAUGGGAAUUGCUCCAGGGAAAGGGUGUGUAUGUGAUGUUGGAAUGCUUCUUCAAAGUUCAGGCAGGCCAACCCAGUUAUGUUUGGGGAGCUUGUCGCUAGUUAAAGACUUGACAAUGAAGAGGACCUUAGCCAUCUCCUACACAAACUGGUCGGGAGUUGGAGCCGUUCCCCUGAUGAGUCCAUGGCAGGACGAAACCAGUCAGCAUAGUGGCAUUGAAAUGCAUGGUGUGCAGGUUGAUCCCCUUUCAUUCUCGCCCAUGGGGUUGCUGCACGGGCCGUGCCACUGCAUUGGAACUCUAGGCUCGUGACAUCUGUCUUGCUUGAGUUCAAGCAAAGCUUUCUGAUUGAUCAACAUGCUUCUGAUGAUCCUUCUGCUAAUCAAAAAGUUGUAGCUUGGAAAUGUGAAGGCGAAGGUAGUGAUUGCUGCUCAUGGAUGUGGUAGAGUGUGACAAGGACAUUGGCCAUGUGAUUGGCCUUAACCAUGGCAGCAGCUGUCUCUGGGGUUCUAUCAACUCCAGCAGCACCUCUUCCACCUUAUGCAUCUUCAAGGGCUUGAUCUCUCUGAUAAUGAUUUCAGUUACUCUAAGAUCUCAUCUGAAGUUGUCCAGCUUUUGAGUCUAAGAAAUCUAAACCACUCGUCUUGAGCUCUUAGUGCUGUCCAAACUGGUUGUCCUUGAUCUCUCACAAAAUCCAUUGAAGCGCCAGUAACCUGACCUGGCUUCACAUGCAGGGGUGUGAAGCAUUUCCUUCUUGUAAUACAAAAUGCUUUUGGGAGGUUGGUUGUAUCAUUCCUGGUGAAUGGUGAUUUCCCCUGUCAAUUUGAUAUAUGCUGGAAAUAUGAUAGGGUGAUGAAGGCCAAGGAACCACCGUGGUGUUGAUUUGGAGAUCAAUCACUGAAAGUUCACAGUUGAAGUAAUGUAAAUCACCGAGUGCUGGCUUGCUUCACACAGAUACAUGCAAGUCACUGAAGCUAAAUGAAGGUCGUGUUUUGAUGUUUUCGCGUAAACUUGGAAGGAUCACGAUGUAAUACCUCAAAAUGUGAAGAAUUCUGUCUUGUAGAUCAUGGUUUUGGAAGCUAGUCACAACCCCAAAGCUGGAGUGCUUCAUCUAUAUAUGUCCCCUGUGAAAUCCCAAUUCCGAAACAGGGCAUUGUUUAUUGUAUGCCUAUCCCAGAGUUCUAUCAGAUGGAUGGAAAGCCAAUCAUGAAGAAAUAUAAAAACAAGGCUGUCUUAUUUAUAUGGGUUCCAACCUGCUGUUCUGUGGGACAAGCGAUCCAAUAGUCAAGAGGAUGGUGGUUGCUGAGAAUGAAUAUAGAAAAUUUGAAGUUCAAAAACUCGAGGACCAGAUUACCUGUCGAACUUGAGAAAAGGGCAUAUCAAACCACACUCAAAGCAAGUGAAAUAUUAUUUUUCUGAAGAUGUUGACUUGAGACAUGGGUGGAGUAUGGAGGAUCAUACACUGAAUUCCUAAUGUAAAACACAAGCAAGUCUUAGUCUUGCCUAUAUCAUUCAUGGUUGCUGGAUUUGUUGUUCAUUGUAUUUAUCACAAAGCUACCUCUUACUCUCAACAAAUCAUUUACCUUCUUGUGCUCUAUAAUUUUGUUAAAAAGAAGAAAUUGAAA